CUCAAGCUUUGCUACGAAAAUGUCCAUUUUAAACUUUGCCGAGCAAUUUCUUGAGCACUGGCCAACGAUUUUAAUCGCCUCAUCCAUUCUGUUGGUUUAUUUGUACUUUAUUGUCCCAUAUCGGACGCUAAAAGCCGUUUAUCCUAAAGGACCAACUCCUCUGCCGUUCAUCGGGCAUUCGCUGGAUGCUAUAAAGCACAAGGGGUCAAUGCAUCUUCAGAUUGACGAGUAUUACAAGAAAUAUGGCGAUGUGUUCUCCAUGUUUAUCUUGGGCAACAUGAGCAGUAUUGUUGUCAGCGAUCCUGACCUGCUGAGGGAUCUUUUCGUGAAAGACUUCGCUUCCUUCGCCGAUCGCCCUGAAUUUUUUAAACAACCUGAACCUCUUUGUUAUAUGAUGUCAGAAGCCAAAAAAGAACAGUGGAAACGUAUUCGCAACACUUUAACACCGUCUUUCAGCGCUCUCAAAAUGAAGCAGAUGGUUCCAUUGAUGAAUGCAUCCUGUGACAAUUUGAUCAAAAAGCUUGGGGAAUUUGCUGAUACGGAAAAGAGUGUUGAUAUUCAGAAAAUUCACCAGUGCCUGACAAUGGAAGUCAUUCUUUCCUCUGUUUUUGGUUUUCAAGUGGAUGCGCAAAAUAAUCCAGAUGAUCCAGUUCUGAAUGCAGCUAAACUGACCAUGUCACAAACUACUUUUCAAAAAAUUAUUUUGGGGGGUGUAACCUUGUUACCUUUUGGUAUGAAACUAUUGGAAAACAUUCCAGCCCUGUUCCUGUCAAAUUUUACACCUCUUUUGAGGAUCUCAGAGGAAAUAGUUCAAACUAAGAAAGGAAGUGUUGGGAGAUCAUAUAGGAAGGACAUGCUAGAUUUAAUGCUCUCAGCAGCAGAUGACUCUUCACUGCCAGAGUCCAAGAAGCUCUCAGAUGCAGAAAUUAUUGCUCAAAGCUUUGUCUUUCUUGCUGCUGGAUAUGAAACCACUAGCACCACCUUAAGUUUUAUGUCCCAUCAUCUGGCAGUUGAUCCUGAAAUUCAGGAGAAAGUACAACAAGAGAUUGACAGUGUUUGGCCAGAUGAAAACCAAAUGUUGUCCUAUGAUGCAGUCCAUGAAAUGCCAUACCUAGACAUGGUGGCAGCUGAAGUUCUGAGAAUGUACCCUCCAGGAUUCAUUACAGCUCGGGCCUGCACAGAAGAGUGUACCAUUAAGGGAAUCAAGAUGGCUGAAGGUUUAACAGUUGUGGUCCCUAUUUACAGUAUCCACCGAGACCCACGUUAUUAUCCCAAUCCAGAUAAAUUUGACCCUGAUCGCUUCUUACCUGCAGCCAAGCAGUCGCGCAAUCCUUACACUUACCUACCCUUUGGUCACGGACCACGUAACUGCAUUGGAAUGAGGUUUGCGCAAAUGGAGAUGAAGCUGGCGAUGGCAAGGAUUCUGAAGAAAUACAGCUUUGAAGUGGCGCCAGAUACAAAGAUUCCGCCUGAAGUGACCAUCUCUUCUACCCUGACGUGUUCUGGUGUCAACGUUCGAGUGAAGUCUCGUAACAAGUGAAACGGUGAACCUUCGUGGGGGGAGCUGUACACAGUCUAUUGUUAUAUAUCAAGACCUUCACUCAACAAACAAGCAAUGUGAUUGGUUGAUUCUUGGUCACGUGCCCCUGAUCAAAUUCAAAUGUAUCCCGACCGGGAUACAAUUGCAUAGUUGUUGCCCGUGAGCCGAAUACAACAGCACAUGAUUGUUUAAUGGAAAGUCUAAAUAUAUAACAAAGCACUUAAUGUAUGGUCCCUCAGGAAACUAGUUUCUCGAGUUCUCUCGGGAAAACAAAACUAAUUGUUCCUCUCGGGACCGUACAGUAAGUGUAUAAUGUCACGUUAUGGGUCGACUAUUGAUUUGGUUGUAAGAAGUGCUGAAACAUUAAGACUUCCAUCACGUUUUUUCUCCUUUUUAACUCGUGCAAAUGAGUUUUUAUGGAGACUCCAAUAUGCAAAUGAGUCACUCACUCACUCACUUACUCACUCACUAAGAUGUAGACACUGUCGCAGUGGUAAUAAGUCAUCCCGAGCUCGCAGUAGUAACCAUGCACUAAACGGUAGAGGCUUUGUUAUAGUUUAUACUAGGCAUUGUUGCUUUAAAUAUCACCUUCCAAGUGAGCAAAAUUUAUCAAGUUCAGGCCCAAACCUGAAAGUGAGAAUCGCUUCAAUCGUAAAUUCAAUUAUCAUAUGUAGACAUUGGGGGCUGGAUCAAUCAGUAGCAGACCACAAAAAAAAACUCUGUGCUCGUCUGAUAAAAGAAAACUUGUGGAAUUCAUUGCCGCAGAUCUUUAAUUUUAAUAAUUCAAAUAAACUUGCUGUUACA